AUGGAUAACAUCACCUUGUUUGAUCUGUUAUUUACCAAAGAAUACAACAAGACACCUUCAGAUCAGAUAGUUUUUGCAGAAGCAAGUGAUCCUAAUAGCCAUAUAACCUAUGGUCAACUCCAAGGUCAAGUAUUAAGAUGUGCUUUUGGCCUUAAACGCAUGCUUAAUAUCCAACAUGGUGAUGUCGUGGUUAUAUGCUCCCCUAAUAGCUUAGAGUAUCCUGUUUUGUUUUACGGAAUAAUAGCAGCAGGUGGGGUUGUUGCUCCCAUACGUCAUUCUACCUAUUCAAGUUUUGAAGAAACAGUAAACGUUAUCAACAUUAUUCAACCAAAAGCAAUUGUUGUGCAUGAAUCGGAAAUUCAAACCGUUUUCCCAGCAGCAGAAAAAGCAAAAAUACCAAUGUCUAAUAUCCUGGUGAUUACUUCUUGCAUUAACUACAUAAAAAAUACAUACACUGGCACUCAAGCAGUCGAUUCAAAUCUUUUCUCAAACGAGGAACCUGCGGAACCUUAUCCAUACACAAAGGACGAUCUGAUGAAUUCUCCUUGUUGUCUGUACCUCACGUCCGCAUCUACGGGUGAUUGCAAGGUAGUGAUGAUUCAACAAAGUUCACUUGUCUGUUUGUUGCUAAAUGGACCCUACAUAACCUCCCCGUUGAGAUGCUUGGCGCUUUCGCUCUUUAGUUUUGUGAGUGGUCUUAGAUGCCAUCUGUUGGUUGGUUUGUUUUGUGGAAGCACGACGUAUAUCACAAAAGACAAAGAGCGAACAUUAGAGAAUAUAUGCGAAGCAGUUCAGAGGUUAAAGAUUAAUUUUAUGAUUGGAGUUCCAUGCUUGGCUUCAGGUUUAGUAAAGCAGUUGAAUAUAGCUAAAAGGUACGAUCUCUCGUCCAUGACCAGGGCGUUUACUUGUGGAACAUUCAUGGACAAGUCUAUCAUACGACUCGCACGGAAACACCUGAAUAUAACGUUCAUCAACGUAUAUGGUAUGACGGAGGCUUUGGAAAUAUUUGCCAAUGACGAAGAGCAUUCGCUGGCAGGAUCAGUGGGCCGGUUGGUUUAUGGAGCACUUGCACGAAUCGUGGAUGAAGAUGGUAAUGAUUUGCCCAUUGGAGAAGAGGGUGAAUUGCGCAUAAGGAGUCCCAUGGUAACUCUUGGCUAUCAAAGAAACCCCAGAGCGACAGCUGACCUUUUUGAUAAUCAAGGUUACUUGAAAACGGGUGAUAUCUUUAGAGUAGAUGAAGACGGCUAUUUUUAUUUCAUUACUCGCAAAAAGGAUUUGAUAAAGGCUUUUGUAGUUAACAUAUUCCCGAUUGAAAUUGAACAAAUACUAAUCAAUCACCCUCAAGUCACUGAUUGUGCUGUUAUUGGUAUUCAUUCCAAAGAAGAAGGUUUGGAAGUGCCACGAGCCUACGUAUCUCUGCUUGAUAAUUCAAAAGAUAAACACAGAUUAUUAGAGGAGAUACGUAUGUAUGCUGAUUCUCAACUACCUGAUCCCAAAAGACUGCGUGGUGGUGUCUUUGAAAUACCGGUAUUUCCUAGGACAGCAUCUGGAAAGAUUCAACGAUUCAAGCUUCGGCAAAUGGUGGAAAAAGGUUACAUAUGA